UUUAUCAAGAAAUGGAUUACCAUGUGAAAGAAAAAGUCAAACUUGUACUUGAGGUUUUACUUAACUCGAGUACCCAAAUUAAAGAUGAUACGUGUUUGAACAAGCUAAUAGACCUGUUGAGAACGAAAUUGGCUCAUGUAAAAGAUGUUGAAGACUGCAGUAUUCCUAAUUUUCUAAAGCUUAUCCCUGAGAGAACAACAUCUACAGCAGUGUUUGUGUUUGGCAUUCAUGUGGCAGGUAUACUUGGUUCUCAGACCCACCUGAAUGCUUUGUAUGAACGUCAUGUGAUUGAUGUACUACAGACAGCACUGUCACAUGAUCUUGUUGCUGCACCAGCAGUUGGAGAAGCUUUUUAUAAAGUUUUGAAAACUCUUCCUUUGUAUAUGAUACAGUCCUUAAAAGACUUAAUGUCAGUAACAGUUGAGAUCUUUCAGCAGAAAAAUAGUCUGUUUCUUACAAAAUCUGCUGUGCAGUUUGUUAUUUUCUAUUUCUCAAAACAAUCUGAUGAUUUGGGAGAGCAUCUUACUGAAUUUCUGGAAAGAAUUUAUAGUGAGAUAUGUAGAAAAGCGGACAAUAAUCAACUUGAUGGUUCAGAAUUUUCCUCAAUUUGUUUUGAUAUCAUGAAGGAAGUCAUAACUUUGGAACACUGGAAAACAUGGAUGUUCGAAAGAUUUCCAGAUUUUACUGAAAAGCUUUUUAAGAUUUUGAUAUCUUCAAAUGGAAGUAUUUUUGAUGGAUGUCUGCAGUGUUUGCUUUUUGCAGCUUUAAGAUUUGAAGGUCAAGCUUUGAGAGAAUUUGGAAUCCAAAUGAUGAGUAGCAUAGACAUACUCAUUGAGAAUGAUAUAACAAGAGGACAAGAAGCUUGUUCUAGAAUGAUGAAUUAUGGUAUAUGGUCUGAGCACUUGGAAUGGUUGAAAACUGUUGCUAGCCUUCCUUUGUAUUUACUUGUUCCAUUGGAUGAAGAACCAGAAAAGAUUAGACAGACUACACAAAUAAUAAGAAAACAAUUGACCUCAAGACCUAGAGCAAUCAAGAUAUUUUGUGGUACCCUGGAAAAAGUUGCUACUUUGAAAUUACAGGACCAACAUAUAAAAGAUAUGGUAAUGAUAUGUUUUGAAAUGACAGUAGAAGACAACAGAUCAAGUCAAUCACCAGACAUCCAGGGCUAUAUAUAUGGCAGUAGUAAAAUACAACAGAAAUGCUUACAAAUGUUUAACAAAGAUGCUUGGUUGUCAUACAGUGGUAGAAUUUUGUCUGCGGUGAUCAAAACUUGUGAGAAUUCCACAGUGGAUAAUGUUACCUAUACAAAGUGUUUAGAUGUCAUUCAUCAAUUUCUCCCAAGCAUCUUAAACCAGAGGAUUUUCUCCAUUGAUCAGAUGCCAAAGUUAGUCUUUGCCUUACAGAAACACUUAUGUGGAAUAUCGUGGGAAUCAAGGGAAGCUACUCUCUCAUUCAUACAGAAAGUUCUGAGAAGUUUUAAAGAUAAUACAGAUGUAAUAGCAUGGUUCAAAGAGAACAAGUUAGAUAACUCAGUAUGGCAGUGUCUUACAGAUUCUGAAGGUUAUGUUAGAUCUACAGCAGUUGACUGUUUAGCAGACAUCAUACUUCAUCAGGAACUGCAAAAUCAUCUCUUAAAGGUUUUGGACAUAGACCAUGACACUGUAACAUCAAGGAUUGAGAUUUUAUGUUCAACAGACACUGAAGCAUUUGUAAGAAGAUCAGCUGUAGAUUGCAUCACAAAAUUAUGGGGAAAUAACUCAGUUCUUUCCAGCAAUAGUAGAUUGUCUAUACUAAAAUUAAUGUCUAAUGUCAUGACCAAAGAUUUUGACUGGGAGGUCAAACUUAAAGUUUUAGAUUUCUGGAAUCAGUAUAUAAACAAAGAACUAUAUGAAUGUGAUAAUCAGCAAGUGACAUUGCCUACAUACACUGUUGAAAAUAAUUCAUCUUCAAUUUCUUCUGAUAGCGGGUUAAAGAAGAAUGGAACAAAAUCAAAAAUAGAGUGUCUGGUAACUUCAGGAUGUCUUAGAUCUUUAUUCUCAUUGGCUGAUGACUUUGACAGAAGUGUUAUACAAAAAGCUUUGAACACAACAAAGGAUUUAAAACAUUUUAUUGAACAAAACAAUCUGUUAACAGAUAUGGUCUUUGACAAAGAUUCUGUGGAGGAAAAUUGUUCAAAUUGUAAAAAGCAGAAGUUUGACUUGACAUUAAACCAAGACAUAAGUUUUGAACAAAGAAAUAAAGAUGAAAAAGACCUGCUUGACUGGCUACUCUCUGUAGAUAUUGACCAGAAAUUGGCAACAUUUUCACAAACUUGUGAUGAGUAUGAUAGAAAUCCUAUCUCUUUAUUGGACGAUAUUUUACUUUAUGCUGGGUCACAUGACCAUGAAGAUGAAGAUGACAACACUGUUAUUGACUGUUACUAGUAAAUAAUUAAUCAAUAUAAAAGCCUUGUUUUAUGACUUUUUAUGCCCCAGCUGUGGCAGAGAGGCAUUCACUUUUACACUUGUCUUUACGUAUGUACU